AUGGAACAGCGAGAACGACUUAUUCCAAGGUUCAAUCGCGCGCAGCCAGCAUCACAGUGCAGAGCAAUCAUCUGUUUCUCUCUUGUCAUGGCGAUAACAAUUAGCUUGGUUGUGAUAGGCCUGGUGCUCACUGGACAGGCAAGCUCCGCCAGUGAAAUGUGGAAGCAUCACACGCGAGUGUGCGAUUCCGACAAGAUACUCAAUAUCGCUCACAGAGGAUCAAGCGGGAUGCGUCCAGCUCACUCACUCGCUGGCUAUGAGCUCGCAGCCGACCAAGGGGCCGACUUUAUCGAGUGCGACGUCGCAGUUACCAAAGAUCUCAAAUUAGUCUGCCUCCACGAUGCAUUUUUAUCUACGGUCACGAACGUCGCAAAGAAACCAGAGUUUGAAGACAGAAAGCGAACUCUGAAGUACAAUGGUGAAGAGCGAGAAGAUUGGUGGGUCAACGACUUUACUUUCGACGAGUUGAGCUCUCUGCGUCUGAUUCAAGAAUUCGCCGACCGGGACCAGUCCUUCAAUGGCGAUUAUACGAUUCCUCUGCUUUCCGAAUACAUCGAAAUCGCUCAACAGAAAAACGUCGACAUCUAUCCAGAACUGAAAACACCUUCUUUCUUCAACGAACAACUAAACGUCGAUUUCGAGCAGAAUCUGAGCAUUCAGCUGCGCAAGGUCGAGGGAUUUGAUUCCCGCCGCGUACUUGUUCAGUCAUUCGACUCCACUAGUCUCCUGAAGUUCCAUGAAUACGCGCCAGAAUAUCGUCUCAUUCAGCUUGCAAAGGUGAUGCCUACGGAUGAGCAGCUUGAAACGCUCGCUCAAGCGGGCGCUUACGGCCUUGGCCUCGCCAAAGAUCUCAUCAUUCAACAAAAAGACAACCGACGACUGGGCUACAGUGAGAUCGUUUCAAAAGCACACAGUUUGGACCUGAAAGUUCACUCUUGGGUGAGCCGAAACGAAGGCAAGUAUCUCUUGUGGGAAUACGGACUCGACCCGUACAAAGAAUACGAAGAUUUGAUUGCUGCCGGCGUCGACGGAAUCUUCACCGACUUUCCCGCCUCUCUAGCUAAUUACCUAACCUUGCGCCGUCAAAAAUCAUGCUAA